GACUUAUCAGGCACGCCAAAGGGCAUUUUUGGUUGGACUUCUUGAUCAGCAACUAUGACUACUUCAGAGGUCUCACACUCGCCGCAUCCGCAAUCUCUAGCCUAUCCUGGUCCUGAUCCAUCUGGUGCACUUGGACAUACUCACCACGCUUCCCGCCUGCGCGAGUAGAAUCAUUGCUCAUUGUCCCGCAUCGCAUCGGCGUCUUUCCCGUCUGUUGAACAAUCUUCUUCACCUCUGCGUUUGAGUCUCCUUCUGCCAGCGACGGGGCAUGGAAUGCCUUGGCAACCUCAACAGGACUAAGCGAAACAUUCCUCCCAAGACACCUAUCAGGAAGCAAGCCCAAAGCUCGUGGGUUCCACACAACAACCCGAUGACACCUUCAAACAUGUUGAGUCGACACCUGAUUUCUCUCUCCUGCAGAACCGCAUCCUCGAUUAUGACACAAACAUGCUAGUGUUACCAGCCUUUGCCAAAUCGUGCAUCGACGUCUAAAACGCCAAAAUGCAGUUCAACAACAAGGACGGAGUCAUGACGAAGUACUUCGAAGAUGACACUGCAUCUUCCGCGGUGACUGCGGAGAUUCUCGGUUCGUUCGUGUCAAUUAUGAAUAUUCGAGCGCCCAAAGCUGGAACUUCAGCAUCAUCCGACAGUAAUGACCAGCCGCCCGAUGCUACCACAACUUCAAGACAAAUCAGGGUACCCGCAGACAUCGAUAGCGACAAGACCAAGUGGCAAAUAAUACCACCUAAUGAUCCAGACACACAUACGACUCCAAAAGAAAAGACCCCUGAUCGACGAAACGAGACAACCGCACCACCACUACCCUCAGCUUCAGGCCAACGCACACCUCGAUACCCCAAAGGCUUCUCACCAGACGCAUCCAAGUUCCCCAACGACCAAAAGACAACCGGACAAACUCCCCUCCCGCUCAAAAUCUCCUCACAAUGGAUCACAGACGCCUUCAUCCUCGGCACAACUCCCAUCCCAAAAUCCAAGACCGUCAACUCCAUCCCCAUCUUCCCUCCCAAACACCCCAUAUCCGGAAUCCCC